AUGAUGGCUAUUUCAGGACGGGGGACUACGCGCGGCGCGUUGGCACCCAUCAUUCAACUGCAGGGUCUUCAGAUUCCAAUAUUGGAGGUUGAGGCAGUCAUUAUGGGGAUGCCAUACGUCGCAGAAGCCAUUAUUGUAUCUGUGGACGAUGCAGAUGCCGCUAAAAAUGCUGCCGCUCUGGUUCGCUUUGAAAUUUACCCACCCUUUGAGACAGAGUCGAUUUCGACUCUGCAUCGCAUGAGGGCAGACAUCAUGUCCAAGGGGAUGGAGGCUUAUAAGCUACCAAACAUGCUACAUAUCCUUCAAGAUGAUGAGGACGUCCCCGGACCGCUUCGGGUAAGAUCAUCAGGAGAAAAGCCGCUGCUCUCUACGUUCCUCUCAUGGGCAAUUCAACGUUUCCUAAGCAAGUGGAGGUUUGUCGCAUGA